AUGUCUGUGAAUGGAGUCGAGACUUUCGUUUUACUUUUUCCCAACGAAGAAUGGAGUAACACAGCGACAGAUUCGCAAUUGGAUACGGUCGUGUCACAGUUGCGGCCAAAUAUCUCCUUUUACGACCGAAUUGACGAUAACCUGACAACCCUUUCGACACAAAAUGCAGACAAAGAUGGCACAAUUAGUGGCUUCUUAUAUGUCCCAGAUAUCGAUAAGAGCGAUGAUUGCUUCGAGUUAUCGAAGGAGUACCUCCCAAGCAAUGUCACUCGACAAGCCAACCUCCCUCCUACCGACUUCACAUUGGUUGCCCUUGCACCAUGGAUCAACGCGGAAUGUACAUUGGCAUGGAUGAGAGCUGCACAUGAAGACCCGGCCCGCGCGUUUCUUUUCUAUCUUCCAGACAACAGUACUGAUCAACCUCCCGAUGCAUCAUCUGCCGUAUGGAAUCUUCAGGAUGGCGGCACCUGGAAGAACAUAUAUCAGUACCCGGUCUACAUUAUACCUGGCGCCGUAGGCUUUGAGUUGAUGCACAACCUAGCUCUGUAUUCCGGGAAUAUGACGAGUGUUCCUUGGGGCCAUACCAUCUCGGAAUUACCUGGCAUCGACCCGCGAGAUUAUGUGAGGAUGUAUACCCAAUUAUACGUUGGGAACGAUUCAGGUCUGCCCAGCUUGUGGGUUUUCCUAUUGGCAGUAGUCGGUGUUCUACUCUUUGUGCUCGGAGCAACAUCUGCGACCAUGCAUCUAAUUCAACGUGCUCGACGAAAAUCUUUGGAGCGAAGAGUAGCCAGUGGAGAAGUCAACCUUGAAGCACUCGGUAUCAAACGCCUUACGAUCCCACAGCCUUUCAUCGAACGGUUACCUCUGUUCACAUAUAGUGCUGAGCCCGACAUUAGCUAUCCAACAUCUCCCCAAUACAAGGCGAUGAUGGAAGAUGCCAAAGACAUCCCCAGCAGCCCCACGACGGUCUCUCAGAGACAUCGUUCACUUACAGCAGAAACAGAUGAUCCUCCACAAGUGGUUGUGGUCGACGAUAACACAUCCAAUCCUGAUUCCGUCUUAAUUCAUAAAUUUCUCCCUUAUUCUCAACCAACUUGCCCAAUAUGCCUGGAAGACUACGAGUCAGGAGUAUCUGAGAUCCGAGAACUUCCUUGUGGCCAUAUCUUCCAUCCGGAGUGCAUCGACAUUUUCUUGGCCAACAACAGCUCACUCUGUCCAUUAUGCAAGAAGAGUGCGUUCCCAGUCGGUUAUUGCCCAACCAAAAUUACCAACGCUAUGGUUCGUCGCGAGAAGAAUCUGAGGCGAUUACGUUCUCGGGUCACGCUUGACCCAGAUGGAAGUGAUCUAGAGGCAAAUCAAACUCGGGGUCGCCUUCAUGAAAUUGGAUCUUCGAUAAAGAAAACCAUCCUAAAUCGGAAAGAGGAUGCUCCCCCAAUACCUUUGGAACCCCAACCUGUCUUGAUGACAAGUGCUCUUACGGAGUUGCCUCAGGAUCAGCACCUGCAUACAUCUUUCGGUUCUAGCCGGUCGAGAGCGGAGUUUGUCGAGCAGCGAAUCCGAGAUUUGACAGCUCGACAAGUUCCCAUACGUGACCCAGACGUUAUUCAAGACCGUCGGGUUCCUCAAUGUAAGCUUCAUCCUUUUGUUUACCCAAAUCUUAUUGACAAAUACCAGGGCGAAAAACGUUAG